AUGGAUGAACGAGGCAUUUUUCGUGCCGGACUUCAGGUCCCAAAGGAUCAGCGGGCCUUACUCGAUAAGCGUGAUGCCUGGGCUGAGCUGAUGAGAAGCACGCCUCAAGGCCUGCUGAAUGUUCCCCCCAACGUUAUUGACGACUUAAAGACAUUCCAUGCCCAAAAGAUCCCUGCUACUCCCGCAGCGGCCUCUAAGCCCGUAACAUGGGCUGAGCCGAUGAGCAAAACACCUCGCGCCCUGCCCAAUAUUCCUCCUGAAAUUCUUGAAAGCUUGACGGCUUUUCACGCCCAAAAGUCGGCAUUUGCUACCGCAGCCGCCUCUUCCCCUCAAGCAUCUUUACUUUCUCAGGAACCAAAGCCGACAGAUCCAAUACCACCGUCAUCGUCACCGCCACGCGAAACCUACCAGCGGAGAACCGCUGUGACUCCUGGUCCUUUGAUACUCAACCACUCUUCACCGCAGGCAGAUGACGCUUGCUCCCCCUCAGAUACGCCUAUCUCGGGUUGGUCACCCAGUCCUCCUCGCAAUGAUCAUUCAAGAGGAGCCGGGGCUGGAGUUGCAAGCCCCCCACGUCGAACCCAGGCCUUGCUGCCAAUGAAAGCAACAAAUAGCAGCGUGCAAGUGUUCUCGAAAGAUUCAGGCCCAGGACCAUCAUCCAAAAGGACAGCCAAAUCUAUAGUGCUGUCAACUACCUCUAUCAGGCCAAACCCGGACAAAAACGAGAGGCCACCACGACAAGGCAUAACAUCAUCCUCUACUGGGGCAGACUCGGAAGACGAGCAGAUGGCCGUAGAGGAACCUCUUGCUCUGGCUCCUGCCUUCCAGAAAUCCAUCAACAAGACUGCUGCCGCAGUAGUUCCAACACCACCCUCUGCACAAAUAAUGCUUUGCAUAGAUCAAAAGAAUCCGCAGCAGCUGCUGCCCACGGUAAAAAGGCGCAAGAUGAAGAACGCUGUGGGCUUACUCGACAAAUGUCUGGGCAAGAUUCCGGACUGUCAUACCUCGGUCCAGGAAGCACUACCAUCUCGGCCCACCUCACUUGCGAAGACACGUUCAGGAACGAGAACCCCGGUGUCACGACAAUCUCCUCAAGAUCCGAGGUCCCCAGAAGCUCUCUCGUCGAGUCAAACUCCACAGAGCGACCGUGAGCCAGCACCACAUGCAAGUCAACAUGCCAAAAUUACGAAAAAGCAGCCUCGCGCCUCAGACAAAACAGGCAACGGUAGCGGCGCGGCUAAUCCAGGAACACCGCAGGCUGAACUUAGCCCUUUUGAGACCUUUCGAAAAAAUUAUCCGGACUUCACUGGUGGCCUCCACGAUUUUUUGAGGGCGUGUAUCUCGUUACAAUGGCUUGCCACGCAGACCUUGCUCAAGGUAUCUUUGUUUGACGACUUUGUGCGCGUUUAUUGCCACAAAUACAUGGAUUUUGCCAUGUGCCACGACUCCUCUCAGACCGCUAUCGAAUAUUACAACAAAGAUGAUGAGCCAAUCCGCUAUCUAAAUGGCGUCGUCGACAAAUCAUUCCUGAAGCGUAUCCAAGCGGUAUACUCGACUGAGAUCGCCGCUCUUGAUGCCGGUAACUCUGUCGGGGAACCGGCAGAGACAUCACAAGUGCGUGUUGAGCAGGCAUCUAUGGACAUGGAAAUUGACCAGCCAGAUGAGGAUCCUAUCGCGAACAACGCUGAAGAACACGCGGAAAAUCAUAACGCCGCAACAGGCUCUUCUCCUCAUCAACCAAGACAAGCCGAAGAAGCCGGGAUUUCCGAUAUCGAGGACGACCGCUUCUACCGCUCGUCUCGAGCAGCAUCACCGGAUCUGAGCACUCCAGUCUCUCACAGUCAACAAGAUCCACUGCCACAAGGCGACACUUAUACGCAACCGAAAUCUAGUGCAUCUUCCACUGGCUCCAUUCUGGACUUGACAUCGAGUAUAGCAUCGGAUGUGAUCAUCCCGAACACAUCCGUUUCAGUGUUGGACGCCAACCCAACAAGAAUUCCCGAAACAGUUCACAAGCCUAGACCUAGGCAAAGGACAGAGAGUGCCAAAAGGCCAUUCCGUCUGAUUGCUUCUUUGGGCAAUAGAGAUAGCCCCAUGUCUUCGAUGAGUAGUGCGCAGAGGAAAAGAAGGUUUAGUGAAUAUUUGGCCAAAAUCGGAUAG